UUGUCUAUUGAACUUCCAUCUUAGAUUUCCAGCCUUAUGUUCUGCCAGCCUGACUGUCAGUCUGACCUGUUGUUGGAUAAGUUUCCCUGGCUUUGACUGUCGCAUGAGAAGACAUGAACUUUUACCUAUCCUGCCUGUGUCUGGGUUGUGCAUCUGGGUUCAAACCUGUUUCUUGACUGAGCCAUUACACCUCAGCAAUUUGGUGGGAACAGAUAUGUUUGUUAGGAGUGAGGAGUUGUUAACAGUAUCUACACUUCGAGCUGUGUGCUGACACCUUCUUUGAGACUGAUGGGAGCUUCCAACAGAACUUGCACCUGACUCAAUAAUGGAUAACCCCGGACUCUGGUGUCAGUUCGAGGUUGGACUUCCACGGUGAUCUACAGAAAACUACCACCACUGCAAGCGGUCUACUGUCAGCUUCAGGUGUCUUUAUGUGUAAGGUAUCAAAGAUAUAUAUCCUGAAGUGUCAUUAGAGUGGGUCGAAGAUUCACGGUCCCGCCACCAGCCCUAUUUCCCAGGAGCACCAGUGGAUACACAGAGAGAUCUUCAGUCAAGGCUCAGACUCAACGCCAAUCAAGUGUUGGGUGUGCUUUGAAAGUGUGACAGUGUGAUGGUGGCAGAUUGAGCACAGGGAUGUGAGUGGACCAGUAAAGAUGACCCUGUUGUCGGGCGAUGGCUCUGACUAUGACUACAGUGCCCUGAGCUGUGCCUCCGAUUCCUCUUUCAACGCGCCUCCCCUGCAAGAAGAGGAGGCUCAGAAAGGGGCCUUCUACAAGAGGGCGCAGCGUGCCCCUGAGGUCGGCUCCAUCCAUGACGACACCCUACUGUCCAGCGCCCGUAAGCUCUACGCCAUCAUCAAUGUGGGCGGCCUGCGUUACCAGCUGCCCUGGACCACCUUAGAGGACUUCCCCCUGUCUCGCCUGGGCCAGCUGCACCUCUGCAGCAGCUUUGACGAGAUCAUGGGCAUCUGCGACGACUACGACGUCACGCACAACGAGUUCUUCUUCGACCGCAGCCCCUGCGCCUUCCGCACCAUCCUGACCUUCCUGCGGGCGGGCAAGCUGCGGUCCCUCAGGGAGAUGUGCGCCCUCUCCUUCAGGGAGGAGCUGCUCUACUGGGGGGUCCCUGAGGAGAGCCUGGAGUGGUGCUGCCGCCGACGGCUGCUGCAGCGCGUGGAGGAGUUUGAGGCGAUGGAGAGAGCGGAGGAGGAGGAGGAACUCCUGGAGGAUCUGUUGGAUUCAGACAGUGGACACAGGGAGCACCCAGCUGAGUCCAGGCUCAACCGGUGCAUGGGCAAGCUGAGAGACAUGGUGGAGAGGCCUCAUUCAGGCCUGCCAGGGAAGAUCUUUGCUUGUCUGUCGGUGCUGUUUGUCACCAUCACUGCUGUCAACUUAUCCAUCAGCACCAUGCCUGCCAUGAGAGAGGAGGAGGAGGCUGGCAAAUGUUCCCGCAUGUGCUACAACAUCUUCAUAGUGGAGACGGUGUGUGUGGCCUGGUUCUCAUUGGAGUUCACCCUGCGCUUCAUUCAAGACCGCAGCAAGCUGGCCUUCCUCCGGCAGCCCCUGAACAUGAUCGACGUGGUGGCCAUCCUGCCGUACUACAUCACCCUGGUGGUGGACAGCACCUCCAAAGGGGAGAAGCGCCUGGGCUCCGGCAACAGCUACUUGGACAAAGUGGGCCUGGUUCUGCGCAUCCUGAGAGCCCUGCGCAUCCUCUACGUGAUGCGGCUGGCUCGCCAUUCGCUGGGCCUGCAGACUCUGGGCCUGACGGCACGCCGCUGCACACGGGAGUUCGGGCUGCUCCUUCUCUUCCUGUGUGUGGCCAUCGCCCUGUAUUCCCCCUUGCUGUACUUGAUUGAGAACGAGAUGGCCGCCACGCAGGAGUUCACCAGCAUCCCCGCAACCUACUGGUGGGCUGUCAUCACCAUGACGACGGUGGGCUACGGGGACAUGGUGCCGAGAAGCAUCCCGGGCCAGGUGGUGGCUCUGAGCAGCAUCCUGAGCGGGAUCCUCCUCAUGGCCUUCCCCGUCACCUCCAUCUUCCACACCUUCUCGAGGUCCUACGUGGAGCUGAAGCAGGAGCAGCAGAGGCUACUGCAAAGGAGGACACACUUCCUCCUGCGGAACCGCAUGGCAGGCCUGGGCAGCAACCUCUCCUUAGAGAGCGACAUGCUCUAAGGAUGAUGAUAUAUAUAUAAUGAUAGAGACAUGGACGACUGAGACUGUUGGACAGGGAAGGACCAAAAAAAAAGAGGGAGGCUACGAAAGAGACUGAAGGUGUGAAGAGGAGAGAGCACGACAAAAAAAGUACAGGAAGAAGAAGAAGAAAUAGAGAUGGAAGGCUGGAGAGAGAAGUCUCUGUAAACAAGAUACAGAAUAGAAAAGAGAUUUAUUUUCUUCCCAGAAAUGCAGCCGUGCUGUGUAGCAGUCUACUUUUGGAUAAACAUGAAGACCACACAGGGAGGAUUAUUAUAAGUAUUAAAUAAAUGUUUUCCAUCAAAAGAUGAAUUACCUCUGGAUAAAAUGCAUUAUACCAUGGUCACAGAAUAUCAAAUAGAAGUCCAAUUUGCAGAACAAAAAAAACACAAAAAACAUAAAGCAUUCGAGCAUAACAAUGAUCUAAGUAAUGUGAAAUAUGUAGUUGACAAAAUAAACAAGUGAAGACGUC